AUGCAACAAUGAUUAUUUUCAACAAAUCAUAAAGAUAUUGGAACAUUAUAUUUUAUUUUUGGUGCUUGAUCUGGAAUAGUGGGAACAUCUUUAAGAAUUUUAAUUCGUACAGAAUUAAGUCAUCCAGGAGCAUUUAUUGGAAAUGAUCAAAUUUAUAAUGUAAUUGUUACUGCUCAUGCUUUUAUUAUAAUUUUUUUUAUAGUAAUGCCUAUUAUAAUUGGUGGAUUUGGAAAUUGAUUAGUUCCUUUAAUAUUAGGUGCUCCUGAUAUAGCUUUCCCUCGAAUAAAUAAUAUAAGUUUUUGAAUACUUCCCCCUUCUUUAAUAUUACUAUUAUCAGGAAGAAUAGUAGAAAACGGAGCUGGGACUGGAUGAACUGUAUACCCUCCUUUAUCUUCAGGAAAUGCUCAUGCUGGAGCUUCUGUUGAUUUAUCUAUUUUUUCUUUACAUUUAGCAGGAAUUUCAUCUAUUUUAGGAGCUGUAAAUUUUAUUACUACAGUAAUUAAUAUACGUUCAGCAGGAAUUACUCUAGAUCGAAUACCCCUAUUUGUUUGAUCUGUUGUUAUUACAGCUUUAUUACUUUUAUUAUCAUUACCUGUAUUAGCAGGAGCAAUUACAAUAUUAUUAACAGAUCGAAAUUUUAACACUUCAUUUUUUGACCCAAUUGGAGGUGGUGACCCUAUUCUUUAUCAACAUUUAUUUUGAUUUUUUGGUCAUCCUGAAGUUUAUAUUCUAAUUUUACCAGGAUUUGGUAUAAUUUCUCAUAUUAUUACUCAAAUAAGAGGAAAAAAGGAAACUUUUGGAACCCUAGGAAUAAUUUAUGCUAUAUUAGCAAUUGGAUUAUUAGGAUUCAUUGUUUGAGCUCAUCAUAUAUUCACUGUUGGAAUAGAUGUUGAUACUCGAGCUUAUUUUACCUCAGCAACUAUAAUUAUUGCUGUUCCUACAGGAAUUAAAAUUUUUAGUUGAUUAGCUACUCUUCAUGGAACUCAAUUAAAUUACAAUCCAGCUUUAUUAUGAGCAUUAGGAUUUGUAUUUUUAUUUACAGUUGGAGGAUUAACUGGAGUAAUUUUAGCUAACUCUUCUAUUGAUAUUGUUCUUCAUGAUACAUAUUAUGUAGUAGCUCAUUUUCAUUAUGUUUUAUCAAUAGGAGCUGUAUUUGCUAUUAUAUCAGGAUUUAUUCAUUGAUACCCCUUAUUAACUGGAUUAACUAUAAACUCUUUAUGAUUAAAAAUUCAAUUUUCAAUUAUAUUUAUUGGAGUAAAUUUAACAUUUUUUCCUCAACAUUUUUUAGGGUUAUCAGGAAUACCUCGACGAUAUUCUGAUUUUCCUGAUAGUUUCUUAACUUGAAAUAUUAUUUCAUCAUUAGGUAGAUCAAUUUCUUUAUUUGGUAUUAUUUUCUUUUUAUUUAUUAUAUGAGAAAGUAUAUCUUCUCAGCGAAUUUCUUUAUUUCCUAUACAAUUAUCUUCUUCUAUUGAAUGAUUUCAUUCUAUGCCUCCUAUAGAACAUACAUACUUAGAACUUCCAUUAUUAUCAUCUAAUUUCUAAUAUGGCAGAUUAGUG